GAGGCGGCGCGCGCGCCCCGGGGCUUUCGGAGCAGCGGCGCGAGGACCAGCAGAGAGAAGAGAUUCCAUCUUCCAGAGACAUGAUGCCAUUAUUAUCUCAGGCACCGAAAUGGCCAAAAAUAUCCAGAAAGAAAUACAACGAGGUGUGGAAUCAUGGAUUUCCCUUGGGAACAGAAGACCUCACCUCAGUAUCAUUUUGGUGGGAGAUAACCCAGCAAGCCAUACAUAUGUCAGGAAUAAGAUAAGAGCUGCCUCCGCUGUAGGUAUCUGUAGUGAGCUUAUUCUAAAACCUAAGGAUGUUUCUCAGGAAGAACUUUUGGAUAUAACUGAUCAAUUAAACAUGGACCCAAGAGUCAGUGGUGUAUUAGUUCAGUUACCACUACCAGAUCACAUGGAUGAGCGGACAAUAUGCAAUGGAAUUGCCCCAGAAAAAGAUGUAGAUGGAUUUCAUAUUAUCAAUAUUGGAAGAUUGUGCCUUGACCAGCAUUCUCUCAUACCUGCCACUGCCAGUGCUGUUUGGGAAAUAAUAAAAAGAACAGGAAUUGAAACAUUUGGGAAAAAUGUGGUUGUGGCUGGAAGAUCCAAGAACGUAGGGAUGCCCAUUGCCAUGCUUUUACACACUGACGGCGAGCACGAGCGGCCAGGAGGUGAUGCAACUGUGACAAUAGCUCACAGAUAUACCCCGAAAGAACAAUUGAAGAUCCAUACUCAACUGGCAGAUAUCAUCAUAGUUGCUGCAG